AUGUCUGCGAUCAGCAUUCCCAAAGGCUCCAUCAACCUGGCUGGCCUUCUCUUCCAGCCCUCUACACCGACUUCAACCAAGACAUCCGCCCUGAUAAUUGUCCAUCCUGGUGGCAGUGUCAAGGAACAAACCGCCCAAACAUACGCAAAGAAACUGGCAAACGCUGGUUUCAUAACCAUCGCCUAUGAUGCGUCCUACCAGGGUGCCAGUGGUGGAGAGCCCCACUUCCUCGAAGACCCGAACGAGCGAGUGACCGAUAUCUACGCCGUGAUCGACUACCUUCAGAAUCUCGACAGUGUUGACUCCGAGAAGAUUGGUGUUUUGGGUAUCUGUGCUGGGGGUGGUUAUGCAACCGCAGCGGCCAAGGCAGACCAUCGGUUGAAGGCCUUGGCCACAGUUAGUAUGGUCAACAUCGGAGAUUCUGCUCGUAAGGGCUGGGAUGGAGAUGAGGACCCGUCGAAGCAUGUCGAGGCACUUCGUGCCACUGCAGCCCAGAUUACCGCCGAAGCCAAAGGUGCCGAGCGCGCCGCUGCACCCUACGUGCCUCCACAGCUUGACAACACGACCCCAAGGGACAUGCGAGACGCUAGCGACUAUUACCUCACCCCGCGUGCCCAACAUCCCCGCGCCCAGAAUAAAAUGUUGUACCUCAGCUUCCCGCGGGUGCUCACUUUCGACGCCUUCCACCUGGCCGACGUGUUCCUGAAGCAGCCUGUCCUGCUCAUCGCCGGUGACAAGGCGGGAUCUCUCUGGCAUACGGAGCGAUUGGAUAAGCUGAUUGGGGGUGCGGCGAAGAAGGUCAUUGUUCCAAACGGAGCGCACAUGGACUUUUACGAUAACGAGGCUUAUGUUGGGCCGGCUGCUCAGAAUGUUGCCGAAUUCAUGAAGCAGCAUCUCGCCUAA